AUGAGCGGUUACGAGCCACCAGUCGGACACAUUCUGCAUUCUUCAUAUGGCCAUGGAGUUUUGCGAGAGCUCGCUGCAUUUGACUCCAAAAUCUCGCCUGUAAAUCUUAUGCUGCCGCUUUUCGUAACGAAUAGCUCCCCUGACGCCCUGGAACCGAUAAAUGCGCUGCCCGGAGUGAGUCGCUAUGGAAUCAACAAUCUCAUUCCCUUCCUUUCCCAACAAGUCGCCAAAGGUCUUCGCUCAGUUAUCAUUUUUGGCGUAGAUGUCAAAUCGACUAAAGAUGCUGUCGGAUCUAGCGCAGAUUGCGAGACGGGCCCUACCAUUGAAGCUAUUAAAUUGAUCAAGUCAAAAUAUCCACAGAGCGGAAUUGAUAAUAACUCGGGUGAAGCAUUUUAUGGGCCUUUCAGAGAAGCAGCUGGUUCUGCUCCUAAAUUUGGCGAUAGAAGAAAUUAUCAGCUUCCACCAGGAGCAUCAAGUUUGGCGAUGAGAUGCAACGAUAGAGAUGCGAACGAAGGUGCAGAUAUUUUAAUGUGCUCUAGAAUGGUUGUCCUAAAUUUGUACUUGAUCCGGCACGGCGAAACAUCGUACAAUAAAGCUGGCAUUUUGCAAGGGCAGCUCGAUAUUCCUUUGAGCGAAAUGGGCAGAGAUCAAGAAAGUGCUUCCACUCAUGAACGCCAACGCUUGGCCGAGGCGAAAGUUCUUCCCAAGGCUGAUCUCGUUUACUCCUCGCCCCUUUCUCGCGCUCUGGAAACAGCUAAAAUCGCUACGAAUGACAUCGGGGAAGAACGCAUAAUCUGCGACGACUUGCUCAAAGAAAAGGGAAUGGGCAAACUCGAGGGCAAGUUGAGGAGCGAAGUUGACUGGAACAGCCCGGAAAUGGAAGCAGACGCCGACGUCAAAUACAGAGCUGUGAAUUUUCUCCGGUCGCUUAUCGAAGAGGCCAAAGUUGACAAGACAAUACUGAUUUUCGCGCAUGGUUUCUUGUUGAAAAUGCUCUUCAGACAUUUCCUUGGACUCAAGAAUUUCGACUUUGGCGAGUACAAGGCAGAAGCUAAGGAGACGAUGAAGAAUACGGCAUUCCAUCAUAUUGUUAUCAAGAAGACCUCUGGAUUCAAGGAAAAGCACAAGGCAAACUGUCAAAGUCAACAAGUAAACUCCUGGAAAAUCGUCGAGUUUCUUCUUCCUGCUCUUCUAUUUUCAAUUAUCAAAGGUGGCCGAACCAUCGUUUCCGAGAUGAUUGGGCACACAAAACAAGCAGCAAUCGCAGCGAUACGUCACCGGCUUGAUGAUCACAACUGGGACUACACGCCUCAAUAUACAUUCGACGAAUUGCAACAUGAGAGAUUUCUUCGCACUUCUAGGCAAUAUCUUCGACGAAGGAUUUCAAAUUUUCAACAAGACUCAACUUUUGCCCUUCAUUAUCUCGACCGCACAAAGCUCAUGAUGAACGAGGGCGAUCUUGGAAAGCAACUUGCAAUAUUGAUCAACCCCGAUAUCUUUCACGACGUCAACGAGCAAGCUGUUCUUUUCAAGCUGGACGAACUGUGGUUUAACCACGUCUGCAAGGCCGUCUUCGCCGACUUCUACUGCUGCAAGUGCGGCUUUUUGAUGCUGGACGAGCCCGAGCUACUCAAGCACAUGCUGGACAAACAUCGAAAAGAUGUCAAGGCUGCGGUAAGAAAUAACGACGACGAAGCUGAUCGACUGAUGCGAGAGGCUGUUCACGCGUCCUCUAAGAAGAUCCAGAUCCAGGAAUACUUCCGCGAUAACCAUGCUAGAUUCGCACGAGCAAGCAGCUACACCAUCACCCUCCACUCCUGGAUCAAUGGCGACCAAGUCGACGACAUUUAA